UCUGGUGGGAGCCAGAUGUGGCAGUGCUGCUGCCGCCAACAGUGAGACUGAGAACCCAUGAGCCGAGUGCUGGGGACACCGCCUCCAUCUCCGCCUUCCUCACAGCGCUCCAAGAUACCUUCUUGCCUACGGAUCCUCCCCCUCUCAGCUCCUGCAAGCACUCACCUCAUCGUCUGCUGAUCCUCUUUCGCCGCAGGUUCACAGCGGAGGCAGCGCGGCAAGGUGUCCCAUUUGGGCACGUGAGGCCCGUGAUCCCCGGACGUGGGGAGGUGGGCACUGGACUAGAAAACCGGAGGAUUGGGGUUGGUGGGUGUCCAGCAAGAAAAUUGGGGUCGGUAUUCUGAUGAGUUAUGAGGGAGACUAAAAAGGGUGAUUUGGGGACUGUGUGUGUGUGUGUGUGUGUGUGUGUGUGUGUUUGGGGGAAUUGAAGAGCAACUGGAUGAUGUACAAAGGUAGCCAGGCAUGAAAAUACGUUUGUUAUAGGCGCUCAACAGGAAAAUGGGGAUGACCAGAAAGAGACAUGAAGGAGAGGUGAACACCAGGCAGAAGGCAUGAGGAUGGGAGACAAAAGGGAUUAAGAAUAGAUGGCCAUGGGCAGGGGGCAGGCGGAGUGACAUUAGUAGAAAUGGAGUAAUGAGGUAGAGGCUAAGAAAUGGUGAAUAGUCGUGUUUGGUGUGGGGGUCCUAGGAUGGCAACAGAGGAUCAGGCAUUAUGCAAAAGAGCCUGCUCCCUCUAUCUGGGGCCUCAACCACCAGGACCACAACAUUCACCGCCUCUCUAAUGCUGCAGCACAGCCAAAGAAGCCUGGAGGGAGGGCACUGAAGACAAACAUGCAAUAGUCUUUUGAUAUCCAGUAUUCCAGCUGGACACAUUAGAAUGAUUUGGGCUGAAUGUACCUGGUGCCCAAGAAGUUUGAGAUACAAAGGGAAAAAAUCUCACACUAUAAUACACCAAAUAUGUCUCCCUAGCCCCUUUCCUCCUCCUGCAGGCAUGAAGACCCUUCACAAAAAGGCAGCUGCAGAUCAGCAAACCAGGGAAACUGAUGAUCACCACAUUGGAUCUGCAAAUAUGAGGAAGAAAAAGACCUGUCAAAAGAAGCAAAGGGGCAGACCUUCAUCCCAGCUCCGAAGGAACAUAGUGGGCUGCAGAAUUUCACAUGGAUGGAAAGAAGGCAAUGAGCCCAUCACGCAGUGGAAAGGAACCGUUCUGGAUCAGGUGCCUAUCAAUCCCUCUCUUUACCUGGUCAAAUAUGAUGGAAUUGACUGUGUCUAUGGACUGGAACUUCACAGAGAUGAAAGGAUUUUAAAGCUUAAAAUCCUUCCUGAUAAGGUGCCAUGUUCUCGAGUCACAGAUGUGUGCCUUGCAAAUACCAUAAUUGGGAAAGCUGUGGAACAUAUGUUUGAGGGUGAGCAUGGUUCCAAAGAUGAAUGGAGGGGAAUGGUCUUAGCCCAAGCACCUAUCAUGAAAGCCUGGUUUUAUAUUACCUAUGAGAAGGAUCCUGUCUUAUACAUGUACCAGCUUCUAGAUGAUUACAGAGAAGGAGACCUCCGUAUCAUGCCAGAGUCCAGUGAGUCUCCUCCAACAGAGAGGGAGCCAGAAGGAGUUAUAGAUGGCCUCAUAGGUAAACAUGUGGAAUAUACCAAAGAAGAUGGCUCCAAAAGGACAGGCAAGGUCAUUCACCAAGUGGAAGCCAAACCCUCUGUGUAUUUCAUCAAGUUUGAUGAUGAUUUCCAUAUCUAUGUCUAUGAUUUGGUGAAAAAGUCCUAACUGUUAGGGUAAACUUUGCCACAUUUGUGAGAACAAAUGUAUACUUUGUAGAUGUGCAAAAUAAUGUUGCUUUUCAGUGUAUUGAAUGCUUAAGGGUCCCUGUUAAUUCAACAUCUUUGCCAGCAUAACUGUUUUUUUUUUUUUUUGAGAAAUACAAAUUUAUGUGGACAUGACAUGCUGUGUGUAAGGACUUUGUCAUGUUGAAAAGAUUGGGUGUGUUUGGUGGAUGGGGCAUGAAAGGAAGGGACAGCUGUAAAUGCAGGCUGUGAAUAAAGUUCAGCUAGUAUCAUAAUCAGUCAUCUAAAAAAUGGAAUAGGACUUAGCUGGUCUGGUCUAGAGAGGGGGGAGGAGAAGGAACUAGAGA